AAGGGUUAACAAAGGCGAGUAAAAUAGGAAUGCGAUAACAAGGUUCCCUAUAAAGUCCUCCUAGCCUCAACGCCUACACUUGGACGUGAUAGCCUGGCGUUUGAAACGUGAAAGCUUCCAUUGGAAAGGGUCGAACUUUUCCCAGAACAAGCGAAACGCUCGGUAAACUCUGAAGAAAAUAAACUAGCUAGGGGAAAAUAAAACAAUAGAAUAAGGAAAUAUAAUCUUUACCCAUCAAACUUUGGCAUAUGGCUUUUUAACAGUGAAUUCUUCUGAACUAUUCCGGAGAUAUUUAAAAAAAAAAAAAAAGAAAUUAUAUUGCAUUAAAAUUUAAAACAACAACAACAACAAAAGAAAUAAAGUUGUUGUAACUAUCUGAACUAGGUCAGCAUGCUUACAGAACAAAUAAAGUUUUUAGAUGUAAGCGCUUGCACACCAAUUUCGAGUUUUUGUCUUCAAUGAGUUAUAAAUCAUGAAUAGGCUUAACUAUUGUGUGUACCCGAAGUACAUCACUAACGUAUUUAUUCCGUGAAACAUAAAUUUCCAAGAAAGGAUCGACAAGAAUUCCGUGAAAUCGAAUCCGAGAAUGAAUCUAGCGUUUACACGAACGACAUGUUUACUAACAUCUCUGCACGUCUUGUCGCUGUUACCCACAGUCUCGAGGUUGGUAUAACAUCCUGAUGAGAGACACACAAAUUUAAAUGUUUUAGUUAAAAAGUUGUUGGGCUUCUCAUCAUUCCAUUUAACACAGUUUAGUUUAUGAGCGAUUAUCUACAAAAAUAAAUUGGUAUGCUUCCACUUCAUGCUUUCAUUGUAUGCUUCCACUGAAUGCUUCCAUUGUAUGUUUCCAUUGUAUGCUUCCACUUCAUGCUUCCAUUGUAUGCUUCCAUUAUAUACUUCCAUUUUGGUAUACUUCCAUUGUAUGCUUUCAUUGUAUGCCUUAACUGUUCAUACGUACAUUGUAUGCUUCCAUUAUAUACUUCCAUUUUGGUAUACUUCCAUUGUAUGCUUUCAUUGUAUGCCUUAACUGUUCAUACGUACAUUGUAUGCUUUCAUUGUAUGCUUCUAUUAUAUUAUGCUUUAAUUGUAUUCUUCCAUUAUAUAAUUCUAUUUUGGUAUACUUCCAUUGUAUGCUUCCAUUAAAUGCUUCCAUUGUAUGCUUCAACUGUAUGCUUCCAUUGUAUAUCUCUAUUGUAUACUUCAAUUGAAUGCUUUCAUUGUAUGCUUCUAUUAUAUUAUGCUUUCAUUGUAUGCUUCCGUUAUAUACUUCCAUUUUGGUAUACUUCCAUUGUAUACUUACAUUUAAUUGCGUCAAUUGUAUGCUUCCAUUGUAUACUUCCAUUGUAUACUUCCAUUGAAUGCUUCCAUUGUAUGCCUCAACUGUAUGGGGAUAUUUAAGAGGCCCAAAGUUGUUGUGGGGGAAAAUUUUAAACUGUCAACUCUGAAAGCAAGGGGAGUAUCUUCAGCGCUGUUCACUGAUCGUCUUCCCCCCCCCCCUUUUUUUUCCCCCGCUUCUCUUGAAUAAGUAGAACUAAGAAAAGGAAAUACCAACGACCAUUGAAAGAUAUCAAAUGGUGAUCAAAUAAACUGUCUUACAAACCUACAAACACAGGAAUUGAUGUGAGACUCGGCUCCGUAGCUCAUCGGGAACAUUCGAACCCAUUUGAUCUAUUUGACCCAUUGACACAUCGGCCCAUUGCCCCAUUGUCCAAUUGACCCAUUGACUCAUUUGACCCUUUGACUCCGGACUCGCCAAACGUAUUUGGUGAGCGUCAUCUUACGUACAGGGCGUCUCCUCUGGGUGAUGGUGUGUGGUUAAUGUGAGCUACAGCAAAGCUCAUCUUACUCCCAUUACAAAAUUCAAGACCAAAUCACGCCCCCCCCCCUCUUUUUUUCCCCAAACGCUUAAACCCCCCCCCCCCCCGACCCUGUUAAUUUAUUCAACGUCAAGGUAACGCGUAUGAGCUGGGGCACCUAUUGUUGACUCCCCUAUUUAUCAGCUGAUCUAACACAACGCGUCUUAGACUCCCUCAUAAUAGUUCGUUUCUAUUUAUGGAAAAAAAAACACUUUUUUUUUUUAAAUUUACGAUUUCUGCAGCGUUCAUACGAAAUUUGUUUGACAUCAGUUGCUUUUAUCCUUGACUUAGACUCUGUCCAAAAAACUGUAUGACUUUAAUUUCUUGAUGUUGUGGUGACUGCGGUCACUCUGAGUGAAUGAAAAGGCGGUGAAGACUUGCUGUGACGGCGCUCAUUUUUGUUCCUUGAAAUUCGGAUUCCGUUGAUAGGCGGGAGUGUCCCGGGAUGGGGGGGGGGGGGUGUCGAGUUCAUACUGGAGUCGCAAUGAUACGUUCAUUUUAAAAAAAAUAUUCCGCGCGGAUAGCGCCUUUAAUUUAAAAAAAAAAGUCAAAAUAAUGUAUAUGCUUAGUUUUAAAAAUAGAAUACUUAUUGUUUUUUGGUGUUUUUUGUUUCAUCUCUAACGGUUAGGCAGCUGUGUAGUGUUGAAGUCGGACGAGAUUGAGUUGAUUUGUGAUGGUUUUGUACAAGAAUAUAGUUUUGAAUGCCCUUCCCCCCCCCACACACCCCCCCACACACACACACGACGUACUUUGAAAAAGAAAUGUUAUGUGUGAAUGAAUUUAAGAAGUUUUUACAUCCGAUAUCGUGCAACAGAUGUGUUCCACCUGAACGAGAACAUGAUAUUCAUCAGACUGAUUAACACCACAAAACACGUUUCAUUUAACAGUCAUUUUAAUAGAUGUGUUCCACCUUAACGAGAACAUGAUAUUCAUCAGACUGAUUAACACCACAAAACACGUUUCAUUUAACAGUCAUUUUAAUAGAUGUGUUCCACCUUAACGAGAACAUGAUAUUCAUCAGACUGAUUAACACCACAAAACACGUUUCAUUUAACAGUCAUUUUAAUAGAUGUGUUCCACCUUAACGAGAACAUGAUAUUCAUCAGACUGAUUAACACCACAAAACACGUUUCGUUUAACAGUCAUUUCGUUUGCAAAAUAUCAAUUUUAAUUUAUUAUUUUUUUUUUUGAAAAUCUUUCUUGACUCGCCUCAACAUAUCAGAGCCAGUAGUCACUACAAAGGACUGACCACGCCAAAGGCCGUCGAGCUGAAGCUGCUGCUCUUGGAGAAGGGCCCGGGGGCCGUGACCUUGUUGUCGUGUGCCAGGAGCUGUGGCCAGAACCGGAAGUGCACGAUGUUUCUUCACAACCGCUUCAAACUUUGCUUGCUCUACGGGGUCGACUAUCCCAGGUCACCCUUUCCCCAGGACAAGCCGCCCUCGGCUGAAUUCAACGCCUACUAUCUGCGGUCAGGUAUUGCUACGUCACGCGAAUGGGCUCGUUACAAUUAAGACUGUCAGUUGCAUUUUUUGACUUCAGAGUUCAUCUGGGCUUUGUCCGAGUUUAAGACUUGAAAAAUGGGAUGUCCUUCUUGUUAAGUUUGUACACGGGAUAUAUUUCUUCUUAAGACUUUUACUUACGACUAUACAUGGUUUGUGUUUUAAUGAAGGCUAAACAAGGCUUUUUGUUUUAGUAAAGACUAUAUGAGCGUUGGACUGCGAUAAAGCUUUAAAGUAGAUUAAUUAGACACAAACAAUUUGUGUCAAUAAAACAAUAUAUGUUCAGUCUCAACAAUGAAACUACAGAAUACAUGAUUUGUAAUCUCCCUGAAAGCUGAACAUAUAUUCUUUUAUUGACACAAAUUGUGUGUGUCUAAUUAAUAAAGACUGCACACGGUUUGUGUGUUAGUUAAAAAUAUAAAUAGGUUGGUUUUUGCUUAAGACUGACUAGACGUGGGUUGUGCUUUAAUUAAGACUUUACGUCUUCGUGUUCAAUAAUUUGAAUUAUAUUCAGUAUAGUCCUAACUAAGCAAUCAUUUAAAAAUUAGUAUUAUUUAUUUUUUUUGCAAUCUAUAAUAACAAUCAUUUGCCAUGCAGCUCAACAUAUCUUUCAUUUCUACAGAGUGCCCUUACAUCUUUAUCCGACAGUUCAACAAGUGCAUUUAUUUACCUUACAAACUGUUCAGCAAUCUGUCUACCAUCACCAGCACGUGCUCCAAUCAUGGCGGCAAACUUCUUCAGUUUCACACCACCAAAGAGUUAACUGUAAUUAGGAACUAUAUCAAAAAGAAAUGUAAGAAAGAUGUAGACCAGUCAUUCACAAAAUCUCCUCGGUUCUCGGCGCCCUUCUCAGUGCAGGUUCCUCUAAGGUGCCCUAGCUCAAAUUCCACCAAGUACUCAGCGAGAUGGGGAUAUUUUUUUUCUUUAAAUUUAUAGGUUAAGCAAAUGCUUAGUUAAACUUUUUUUUCCUAAGUAAGUUGCUUGACGUCACAUCCUGUCAUACCAAAAUGAAUAAUGGAUUUUUUCAAAAAUAUAAAUUUUGCAAUAUUUCACGGGGUACUUGUGAGGAAACCGCAUCUAAUUAGUUUGUCGUGAUGAUCACUCUAAGAACAGCUUUUGUAGAGUUUUAGAGUCGGUGUGUGCAGACUGUCUUAUUAUAAGUUUCAUCUUGAUUCAAUUUAAAUCGUUUGGCUACAUAGAGUGCUCAUCUACACUUCUGCACAGUCUGCUUUGCGUAAUGCAUUUUAAGAAAUGUGUAACUAAUCACUAAUUUUUAGUGCGUUUAAACUAGUCUUUGAUUUAAAAAAAUAUAAACAAUUUAAUGUUUAUGUUUUUAUAUUUUUUAAAUUUCUUAUUUUCUAUUAUCUGCUGAAGAAGGCAUUUGACCGAAACGUCCUUUUGGUUGUCCUGUCUCUGUUUUAAAGCCUGAACAUAUCUUGUUCAACUAUUUGUUUACUUCAAAUUUGCGAUGCGCUGUAUUAUUUAUUUGUGUUCAAUUUCCAGAUCCCGUGUCGGGGCGAGAGGUGAAGUAUUACAUUGGUGCAUUCGCACUUGACGCAUCAAGAACAUUCGUCUGGCAGAGCUCCUCCAGGUCGUUGCCCGUUAGCGAUGCCAUGUGGGGCAGUGGUCAGCCCGACGGGGCUGUAGGGUCAGGGGACAACUGUGUGGUCAUGGACCAACAAUUGGAUUACCUGCUAAAUGACGUCUCCUGUCAGCUACAGAAGGACAUGGGAACCAUAUGUCAGUUGGACAUGUCACAAUAGACUUCAAUACUGUAUGCGGUGUGUUAUUUUCUGUUGGGUACAGUAUGUCUGUAUGUCUGUAUGGCUAUGUGUAUGGCUGUGUGUAUGGCUGUAUGUAUGUCGUGUGUAUUUCUGUAUGUAUGUCUAUUUGAAUGUCUGCGUGAAUGUUUGUAGGUAUCUCUGUAUGUCUGUGUAUAUGAGUGCGUGCAUGGCUGUGUGUAUGGCUGUCUGUGUGGAUAUGUGAAUGACUGUGUGUACUGAUGUAUGUUUGGCUGUGUGUAUGGCUGUGUGUAUGGCUGUGUGUAAGGUUGUGUGUAUGGCUGUGUGUUUGACAUUUUGAACACUGAAUCAAUGUACAACAGACGCACCUCUUUAUUUUAUUAAAAGCUACGGUACUUGAUUAGCUUGAACAAGCCAUAAUACGUGUUACUUGAUCCAGCCAUACCACAUGUCACAUGACCAAGCCACACUAUAUGUCACAUGACCCAGCAAUAC